AUGCCAGGCGAAAAUGAAGCGUACACAGAUUUUAAACCACCCUUCGACAGAAACGCCCUGGCAGUUCGGCGCUACGGCGUUGUUCCUCUCCGAGAGAAGCUAUUUUCCGAAGGAUCAAAGCACCGUACCUACUUUGACUCUGCCGAAUUUGUUCUAAAAUCCGCACAUAACCCAUCCGAGAUCUCCGAAAAGAACACUGGAACCGAGCGCCCGCAACACGCUAGCAUCUCUCAGCCAUUUUGCGCCGUGCCUGGCACCAGUAAUGUCUGUAAGACCGCGAAUAAUGGAUUUCAGAAUACCAGUCACGAAUAUCAGAAUUACCAGAGUCCUCUCCAUGAAAACGAGGAGGCCGACUGCAAAAAGACGAAUUAG